AUGAAACUUCUUAAACAUAAAAAUAUAGUUAAAAACCUAGCAACUGCUAGUAUAAAAGGUAAUAAUACUGCUGCAGAAAACAUGAAUAAUACAAAUACCUUCUGUAUAGAAAGUUCUCAUAACAGUGAUAGAAAAUCAG